AUGGAAAAUUCCGGCGAACUUGUAUUCCACGAGGAAGUUGAAAUUGGAGAAUUCGAGUUUGACCAAGAAACUAAAAUUUAUACAUACCCGUGCCCAUGUGGUGACAGAUUUGAAAUUACAAAGGAACAAUUGGAAGCUGGUGAUGAUGUCGCAGUCUGUCCAAGCUGUUCAUUAAUGGUUCGCGUCAUUUACGACCUUGCGAAAUUUCGAGAGUCAAAUUAUGUCAAUGACGCCGUCUCUGUUGGCGCUAAUUGA